AUGUCGGCCAAGUACGCCUUUACAAAAUCUCUCAAGGAGAUCCGCUUUCUCUUUUGCCAGACCGGCGAGCACAGCGCCGCCACGCGGUCCUUUCUCACCCGCACCUAUCCGACGAUGAAGAAGAACAACCCGCACACGCCGAUCCUGCUGCGCGACGCCUCCGGCACCCUGCCCAAGGUGUUUGCCCGCUACGAGCUUGGCCGCGAGACGAGCAAGUCUCUCGAGGGACUGUCCGACAAGCAGAUCGAGGAGCUGGUGACUGGCCUGGUCAAGAGCGAGGCGAAGUGA